AUGUGCUACAUACAGGUCGUCCACAUCACACGCUGCGAGACCCGUCGCCCAGCCAUAAUUAACACUACUACUGGCAAAACAGUCUACCAUCCGCUCGAACCACCUGGGAUCUGCGAGCACCACCGGCCAUUUGGCGGCGCAACAUGCCAUUACCAUGGCGACUGCUGCUCACCCGGGCAGAUCUUCUUCUGCAACGCAAAGGGCCCUAGGGAUAUAUGUCGUGGUAGGCAAGCCUAUCACAUAAACAUCCAUCCGCACUACAUGUACGAGUCCGGUGUACUUCACCAAAUGGAGCCCAUUGAAGACUGGGAGGCACUCGAGAUGAACACGGAUGUUUUCGCUUACGAGGAGGAUAUUCGGUAUCAGUUCUUUGAAGCCGGUGCGUUGAUGUAUGAGCUUGAGCAGGAUGCCGAGAAGAUUGUUGAGUAUAUCCUACGCAACCGGACUAGCGGUCCCGAGGAAGAGGCAGAGCUAUUCCUUGAGCAUGGCGAUCUCUAUGAGAUGUGGAGUGAAGCGCAUCACCACUUCGUGGGGCUGAUGGAGGCGUGGGAGAUUCUGGCGAAUGUAGGCUGUAUGGACGUCUGCCCGUCUUCUCUCCUGCGCAUUCAUCCCUGGCGAGAUUGCUUCCAGGAAUAUUCUACGCUACAGAAGGGAUUUCCGCAGUUUAGUUAUCUUCCAUUUGCUUGGGUCGAAAAUGUCGAACGGCAGGAUGAUAUUCUGCGAUGGCAUCCCUAUUACUCUCAGUGCCAGAUAUCACCUCGUCCUGAACCGUCUAUUAAGGACGAUGCGCUGUGGACAUCGCCCGCGCCAUAUGGUUUCAAUCCAGGUUUCCCUGAAAGGAUUUUUCCACGGGCUCCUGAGGUUCAGCAGCAGAUUGGGGCGCUGCCGUAUCCGGGAGAAUGGACCGAGGUGUUUGAGGACAGGGCUCGACGGAUGGCUCAGAUUGACUCUGAGCCUACGUCGCUUUCGUCGAGUUCUGGGCCAGAGAUUCCUCCGUGGGUCAUCCCUUAUGGUCAGGAACCAGAUAUGGGAUGGAAGGACAUUGACUGGCACAACUGCACCGCCAUUAUCGAACCGCCUAUGAGCCCGAAGAGCCUUCCGCGCGAGGGAGUGGUUCAAAGGGUCAUGCCCCCGAAGGACAGCUACAUGAACCCUAAUGACGUGCCCGCCAGUCCAGCAGUUCUUCCAUACAGGGAAGAGACCAAACGGGUUAGUACCCCAUGGCGAACUCAACCUGCUUCUAAAGAGGUUAUACCUGGGAAUCUCUUCGGCGAUCCUCUUGAGGCUCCAUGGAACGGGUACAGCUUCACCGGGACGGAGAAAUCGGCAGAGCAGAAGUUUCUCCAUGUCCCUUUACCAGUGGAGGAACCCCAGAUCAUUACACCUCAAGCAAAGAAGGGCUUGAAAAGGAAGAGUGAAGAAGAUCUGGAUGGUGCGAUUGAGAGGAAGAGAUCGAAGGGGGUGGAGAUACGGGCAAAGCAAAGGUUCUCUCAUGCCUCUUCACCAAUUGGGUAUUUUAAGAUCUCUACAUGUAAAGCAGUGGAGACACUGAAGAGAAAGAGUGAAGAUGAUUUGGAUUGGGGGAUCGAGAGAAAGAAGUUGAGGGUUUGUACUAUUUGA